UUAAUUUUGUUUUUCUACCCAAAAUUCAACACUUUCCCUCUAUUUAAUUCAAAGACUAUGGAUCAAACCGGUCACCAUUUCCAGUUUUCUUCCAGAGCACACCAACCCCUCUUGAUCCAUACCCGAAAGUUUCAAACUUUACCCUCCUGUUGAUGGCUUUCGCAAAUUGCCCGGCUACCUCUUUGAGCUCCGGGAGAACGGGGUCCGAUCGGGUUGGUUCGAUGCGCUCCAAGGUUGGUGAGGUGCAUGUCAUUGUCGGGCCCAUGUUUGCAGGCAAGACCACUGCCCUCCUCCGCCGGAUCAAAAAGGAGAGCAGCAAUGGACGGAAUGUGGCAAUCAUUAAGUCGAGCAAGGACACGAGAUAUGCAAUCGAUUCAAUCGUGACCCACGAUGGAGCCAAGUUCCCAUGCUGGGCCCUGCCUGAUCUUUCAUUGUUCAGACAGACGUUCGGGGAUGAGGCCUACCAGAGGAUUGACGUGAUUGGCAUUGAUGAAGCCCAGUUUUUUGAAGACCUUUACGAUUUUUGUUGUGAGGCAGCCGAUCGCGAUGGCAAAACUGUGAUAGUUGCAGGCCUGGAUGGCGAUUAUCUCAGGAGAAGCUUCGGUUCUGUGCUUGAUAUAAUACCUGUAGCCGAUACAGUGAUGAAGUUGACAGCUCGCUGCGAACUCUGCAGCAAGAAGGCAUUCUUUACACUGAGGAAGACUCAGGAGACCGAAACAGAACUCAUUGGAGGAUCUGAAGUUUAUAUGCCUGUGUGCCGCCAACACUACGUGAAUGGGCAGAGUGUUGUACGGGCUUCGGCCACAUUAUCUGGAUCUUUCAAAGUUAAGGAUGAUACCUUUCCCGAACCAGCUUUAGCAGUGUAAUCUCAGGAGGAAUUAUCUCGUAUUCUUUGAUUGGUAACCGACAAUAAUCAUUAGGUCAUUUGUGUAUUUCAAUGGCCAGUCAGUAUCGUACCCUGAGAGUUUCCAUCCUAAGUUCGAUGUCGGAGUUGUUUGAUGUAAAAUUUAUAAUGUAGGCAUAGUCCUGCAUCAGCAGGCCCUGGCUUCCUAUUGUAGAUCUAAUAUACGAUACUAUAAGGAAACGUGAGCUUCUCGGUACUAAA